CGGAUUCGAACCGGGCGGCGGGGAAGCGGCGGCCAUGGCGGCGCAGCAGCAGCUCGGUCGGGAGCACCAGGGCAUCACCCUGCGCGGCAGCGCGGAGCUCGUCGCCGAGUUCUUCUCCUAUGGAAUCAACAGCAUCCUGUACCAGCGGGGCAUCUACCCCCCCGAGACCUUCACCCGCGUGCAGAAGUACGGGCUCACCCUGCUGGUCACCACGGACCCCGAGCUGGCCAACUACCUCAACAACGUGACCGAGCAGAUGAAAGAGUGGCUGUACAAGUGCAUCGUGCAGCGCCUGGUGGUGGUCAUCUCCAGCAUCGAGAGCAGCGAGGUCCUGGAGCGGUGGCAGUUUGACAUCGAGUGUGACAAAACUGCAAAGGAUGACAAUGGACCACGGGAGAAAUCUCAGAAGGCAAUUCAGGAUGAAAUUCGCUCUGUCAUCAGACAAAUAACUGCCACAGUAACUUUCCUGCCCCUCUUGGAAUCUGCCUGUGCCUUUGACUUGCUGAUCUACACGGAUAAAGAUCUGGCAGUGCCAGCAAAGUGGGAAGAGUCAGGACCACAGUUCAUAGCCAACUCAGAGGAGGUUCGGCUGCGUUCCUUCACUACCACAAUCCACAAAGUCAACACCACGGUGGCUUACAAGAAGGAUUCUGUUCCCUAAGAUACAGGGGCAAGUUUUGUCCUGUCAUCUUGUAUAGUUUCUGUUCAUCAUGCAGCCAAGCUAUGAGCACAUCAUUACUGUCCUCUUGAUAAAGCAUGACACAAAGACAACAUGCGUGUCUGUGAAAAUGCGACACUAGGCUACUCUGGCAUCAUUUUUAAAGAGAUUUUAAAAAGGUAUUCAUGGUCAUAGUUCAAUUCUUACUUUACAGUAUGAGCUAAUCUAAUGGUGUGUUAAACCACUGCCUCUGCUAGAAAAACUGCCUAAAUCUGGGAUUAGCUGCUAGGAUUGUGUUCAGAUCCUGUAACUUUAUAUUUUAAAAUUAUUUUUAAACUACAUUCUGUUAGCAGUCUUGAAUUCUCUGUAGCAACUAAAAUAAUCUCACUCCUAGUGUGCCAGUUUUCGUGAUAGAAGUCUGGGCUGUUUUAUUACCAGAAAUAAGCCAAAAACGAAUCAUCCAAAAAAUUCUUGUACUGCUCUACAAUGGAAGCAGCCGUUUAUCAGGAAAACUAUAAAUACAUGAAUCCUUCUAUUUUAAUGACCACUGGGCUCUAGUUCUGGGGACAGAAUUGUUCUGUGUACGUCUGUAGUGUCUGUCCAGUAUUUUCUAUGUUUCUAUUCUUGUUUUACAGAAUAAAGCUUCUAGUUUUAUAGUGUUCUCUAAA